GCUUUCUUCAAUACAACGCUCUCUCUAGACUCUUCCCUUCUCAUCCUCUCUUUUUGUUUCUCUCCGCCGUUGGCGCCUUUCUUCCACCUUGAACUGAAUUUUUUUUCCCUUUUGCUCUCUGUUUGAUUCUUUCUGAGCUCGUCUCUUUCAGACGAGAUCAUCUGCUUGAAUUUCCUUUCUUUGUUCUUUUGAUCUGUUUCUCUUCGAUAUCUGUUGGUUUUGCCUGUUUUCUCGCCAUUUCAAGGCUGAUGGAGCAUUUUCAGAAUGACGAUCUUGCUGUGUAUGAUUUUGACGAUGGUGGAUUUUUCUCUGACGAUGACUUCCAUACUGAUCAGAAUAUUGAGCAUAUAGACUCCGACUUCGAAGACGACAUGGAUACAAGCACGCCGAAGUCGGAUACCUCUGCUUUCGACGCUAGGAAUGGUAAAGAUAUCCAGGGAAUACCUUGGGAGAGGUUCGCCUUUACCAGAGAUAAUUAUCGGGAAAGACGUUUGAGCCAAUACAAGAACUAUGAGAGUCUGUCACGCUCUCGUGUGGAACUGGAAAAGGAAUGCUUGCAAGUGGAGAAGGGGAAUAAUUUUUAUGACUUCCAGUUCAAUACGAGGCUUGUUAAAUCAACCAUUGUUCAUUUUCAGCUAAGAAAUCUCUUGUGGGCAACUUCUAAGCAUGAUGUAUACCUUAUGCAAAACUACUCAGUAAUGCAUUGGUCUCCAUUGCUUCGGAGAGGCAAAGAAGUACUCAAUGUGGCUAAACAAAUUGUUCCCACCGUGAAACGCCCUGGAGUCUCAUCCCAGUCUCUGUCUAGAGUUCAGAUAAGUGCAAUGUCAGUUAAGGAGAACUUGAUUGUGGCUGGUGGUUUCCAAGGGGAACUAAUUUGCAAGUACUUGAAUCAUCCUGGAGUUGCAUUUUGCACCAAAAUGACAACAGAAGAAAAUGCAAUCACAAAUGCUGUUGAUAUAUUUCAUAAUCCCAAUGGUGCAAUGAGGAUCGUCACAGGAAAUAAUGAUGCAAAAGUUAGGAUUUACGAUGCCAAGACUUUUGCUUGCCUCAACGGCUUCACAGUUGGCUGGUCCGUAAAUAACACCUCUGUUAGUCCUGAUGGGCGGAUGCUUGCAGUCCUUGGGGAUACUACAGAGUGCCUGAUUGCAGAUGCCAACUCUGGCAAGGUGAUUGAGAGCCUCAAAGGGCACUUAGAUUACUCUUUUGCUUCUGCCUGGCACCCUGAUGGAAACAUUUUGGCCACUGGGAACCAAGACACCACCUGCAGGCUGUGGGACAUAAGGAAUACGUCCAAGUCCAUAGCUGUGCUCAAGGGAAGAAUGGGAGCAAUCAGAUGCGUCAAAUUCAGUUUGGACGGUAAAUUCCUGUCGAUGGCUGAGCCUGCCGAUUUCGUCCAUAUCUAUGAAAGUCGCACAGGUUAUGAACAAGCACAAGAAAUCGAUCUGUUUGGGGAAAUUGCUGGAAUCUCCUUUAGUCCCGACACCGAAGCUCUGUUCGUUGGCGUUGCUGAUCGAACCUAUGGUAGUGUGUUAGAGUUUAACAAACGACACCAUAAUAAGUACAUAGAUUCCAUCUUCUAGACGAUCACUCGUCAAGAGGCCAGCCUCAUCUUUCAAUGAAGCAAAGAAGAUGCAGAUGGAAUUGUAUAUAAAGAAUAUGUAUAAUUUUCCUAUUAUGUGUUCUUAAAAGUUCAAUCUAGCGGCAGAUUGACCCGUAUAAAUAGGGAGUAAAGGGCACCAUUGUCAUUCUCUGGAGGAUUUGGGGUCGUUUUAGGAUUACUAGAGCGUAGAGAAGGAAGGAAGGUUAAAUUGAUGAAUGAAAGGUUGUGCAUAAUAGUCAUAUAAUCGCAUUUGGUUUUUUGAUGCUCAUCAAUGUCCUGAAAGUAAAGAGGUCUGCCUGAAGUUUUCGUUUUAGUUGUACUUCGGGAGAGGAUGAGAAGGCAAGCCAAUGUGCUGUUGUAGCUCAUCUUACUUGGACCUCGCUUGUCUUGUUGGGGUGUCUGUCUUGGAGUUGGAAUGAAUAUGGUCAGUCCAUUUAGGACA